CUGGCCUCCAUCAAGUGCUGCCUGGAGGAAGGCCUGGAGCCCACCUGCUUCGAGAGGAGCGACGACCUCGGGGGGCUGUGGAGAUUCACUAUACACCAGACAGUGGACGGGCCCCCUGACGUCAGAGACUGACCUUUGUGAAGGAAGCUGUAGGCCUGGGACUUGACCUGCCUCGUUGGGAACUUGUGGUCAGACCACCCUGUGCAGUCACAACUGGUCACAGAGCCUGUCAGGCCUGCCCUGUGGGCUCCUGAGCCUGUCCAGUUUUAAGUGCCUCUCCAUCACAUUCCUGUUGGGCAGGACCCCUUACAGCCUUGUUUCUCAAACCACGGUCCAUGGACCAGCAGAACAUGUCGAAGAAGGCAGAGCCAGCCUCUACAAGUCCGUGGUUUCCAACAGCUGCAAGGAGAUGUCCUGUUACUCAGACUUUCCAUUCCCGGAAGAUUAUCCAAACUAUGUGCCCAAUGCCCAGUUCCUGGAAUAUCUCAAAAUGUAUGCAAACCACUUCAACCUUCUGAAAUGCAUUCAAUUCAAGACUAAAGUGUGCAGUGUAACUAAAUGCCCAAAUUUCACUGUCACUGGCCAAUGGGACGUGGUCACUCUGCACGAAGGGAAGCAAGAGUCCACUGUCUUUGAUGCUGUCAUGGUCUGCACUGGUUUGCUUACUUACCCAAAUUUGCCACUGGACUCCUUUCCAGGUAUAAAUACAUUCAAAGGCCAAUACUUUCAUAGCCGACAGUAUAAACAUCCAGACAUAUUUAAGGACAAGAGAGUUCUUGUGAUCGGAGCAGGAAAUUCUGGUGCAGACAUAGCUGUGGAGGCCAGCCACGUGGCAAAAAAGGUGUUCCUCAGCACCACAGGAGGCGCGUGGGUGAUCAGCCGCCUCUGCAACUCAGGGUUGCCCUGGGACAUGGUGUUCACGACUCGAUUUCAGAGCAUGUUCAGAAAUUCUCUCCCAACCCCAAUUGUGACUUGGUGGAUGGCAAGAAAGAUAAACAGCUGGUUCAAUCAUGCAAAUUACGGCUUAGUCCCAAAAGACAGGACACAGCUGAAAGAGUAUGUGAUAAAUGAUGAGCUCCCAGGCCGCAUCAUCACUGGAAGAGUGUUCAUCAAGCCAAGCGUAAAGGAAGUGAAGGAAGACUCAGUCAUAUUUAACGACCCCCCAGAGGAACAGCCCAUUGACAUCAUUGUCUUCGCCACUGGAUACACCUUUGCUUUCCCCUUCCUUGAUGAAACCGUGGUGAAAGUCGAAAAUGACCAGGCAUCGCUGUACAAGUACAUCUUCCCGGCACAUCUGGAAAAGCCAACCCUGGCUGUCAUUGGCCUCAUCAACUCCUUAGGCUCCAUGAUACCCACAGGAGAAACACAAGCUCGAUGGGCUGUUCGAGUCCUGAAAGGUGUGAAUAACUUACCACCUUGCAGUGUCAUGAGAGAAGAAGUUAAUAGGAGGAAAGAGAACAAGCCCAGUGGGUUUGGCUUCCGCUACUGCAAAGUUUUACAAUCAGAUUAUAUCCCAUACAUAGAUGAGCUUCUGACUUAUAUCAAUGCUAAACCCAACCUGUUCUCUCUGCUCCUGACGGACCCACGCCUGGCGUUGACCAUCUUCUUCGGCCCAUGCACACCAUACCAGUUCCGCCUGACCGGCCCAGGAAAAUGGAAAGGAGCCAGAAAAGCCAUCUUGACGCAGUGGGACCGAACCAUCAAGGUCACCAAAACCCGCACUGUACAUGAAUCCCCAUUUCCCUUUGCAAGCUUACUCACUGCCUUUCUGGUUUUGCUUGUGGCCAUUUUCCUGACUUGCCUAAAGAUGAGCUAAAUAACAUGUCAUAUACACAGGGCCACCUGCCUCUGAAUCUCUGCAAAACACUAGCAAUGGUAGCUGAGUUUCCUGCUAUAUAGGGCCUGGUCUCCACAGGGAAGGCUGAACCACGCAGUCCAACCUAUCAGAACACUCGGACGAGGAAACAUCAGUUGAUUUUGUCCAAGAUAACAGAGCAAGUAAGUGGCUAAGUCGGGACACAGGUCUCUCUAGCAGACAACCAGGGCUCUUGACUCCACCACUGAAGCCUGGUUUCUAAUGUUGAAAUGGCUGCAAAAGUCUUAGAGUGGUAUCACAAAAGUGACACAGCAAGGACAUUAGUCCAUGAAAGUACCUGUAUGUCUCUCUCCCUUUCUCCACCAAUGAGGGUGUGCGGUUGGAAUUUGGCGGGUCUAUCCCUUCAUGUACAUUGCUAUGUUUCUGAGUGUCCACAUGAAUCUUUCCCCCCAUUUAUCACCCCUUCUUCUUCUCUGACCACAUCCAUGCUGGACCUAUCCUAUGUCCAUAGAAAAAACAAACUCAAUAGAAAGAAAGGCUUCUCAUGCCUACUUUUGAAAUCAUUCCAUAAAUCAUACUGGAAAACACACAGUAUUGCUUUUUCCCAUUCAUAAAAAUAAUUAGUCAAGUCCCAGAAAUUUAGCAAAAGAGGAAACUAGUCAAACACAUUGGCUUUUUGCACCCAUUUUUCAAAUCCGGGCUUCUAAAAUAUUUCAUCUCCCAGAGUAAUUUGACAUUUUCAGAAAUCCUUUUUGGUGUAUACAGAUAAUGCCCUUUGCCAGGCCGGUCUUAAGUAACAAUGCCUGUCUACAUUUCAACGCUCUGGAUCUUGCAACAUUCCCUACUGCAGGGGUCGUGGCCAAUGCUUAGAGAACUGACCCCAGUGACAAAGGUCUGCCGCGUAGCAGCUGUGUGACCUUGAGCAAGUCAUUUACUUUUCCUAAGCUUUAGUCUUUCUUGCUGCAAGAUACAAACUCUAGUACAUCCUACUUCAUAAGGGUAUUCUAAGGAUUCAAUGGCGGGAUCUACGUAAAAUGCCUAACACAAGUCCUGGUGUUUGCUGACAGCUAUCAUUACCAUAUCUGCUUAAGCAGGAUGUGUUUUCAUGCUUCCUCAUUUUUCUCUGAGCCAUAGAGCCAGCUCCUAACAGUCCCAGUGGUACAUGUCAUGGGCUUCUCAAAUGCAGCAUGCACAAAAUUAAACUCAUUAUCAUCCCCAACAGCGCCCCCUACUCACUCCCUGAUAGCAUCCUCUCCAGAAUGUAACACGUGCUAGCAUCAAGUGACACGCUUAUUGGCUCAGUGGGUUGAACACCAGCCUGCAAACCAAAGGGUCGCAGGUUCAAUUCCCAGUCAGGGCACAUUCGUGGGUUGAAUCAGGUCCCCAGUAGGGAGUGCAUGAAAGGCAACCAUACAUUGACGUUUCUCUCCAUUUCUUUCUCCUUCCCUUCCCCUCUCUCUCUGAAAAUGAGUAAAUAAUAAUGAAAUAAAAGGGAAAAGACAAUAGAAUGAAAGCUGACUCUUGAAGGCCAUUCGGCAUGAUGUUACUACAUAUUUAUUGAAUAAAAUCAGGUGCCUAACUAACAGUCUCUUAUGAGAAUCAAAAGGAAAAGAAUGAGUGUAAUGACAGACGUAGCUGUCACCAGAAGCCAGUGUUUCCCAACCACUGCCAAGCGCAGCGAUGCUUCUCUUAAAAAGCAAGGGAAUGUGGCGCUUAUAGAAUAAGACAAUGAAAGUGGGACCCUGGGGUCCUAACAUCGUACAAACUCCCCCAGCGACGUGAAAGCCAAGUUUGAGAGUCAUUUCCGAGCACGAAGCAAAGGCAGCCCAGCCUGGUGGCUCAGAUGGGGCUGAGUUCCAGCCGUGGCCCUGACAUUUAUUGGCAUGCGGGCACAUCGAGAGCCCCAGGUCCAUUUGUCCACCUGUAAGAGGAAGGGGUCACAGUGCCUCCUUCCCAGGGUUGCUUCAGGAUGCAAUCAGCUAGGACCACGGAGUGCCUGGCACAGACCUGGAACAGAGAGAGCGCCUGGUGAACGUUAGCUUGGGAGUUAGUAUAAAGGGAUGCCAUUUUUUCUCUUAGAGAAAAAAAAUGUAAAGAAUAAAUAAAUUACUGGUACCAAAUUAAAUAGAACUACCUACUCCCAUUUCCAAUCGUUUAAGUCAUUUGUGGGAGAAAAGCAGCUAUAACAUAAUGCAAAGUACUGUGGAACCGAAGCCAUAAAACCUAACUCGAAAUUCCAUCUCUGGCACUUAGCAGUUGUGCGGCCUUAGAAAAUCACUGCACCUUCCUAAGCGCCCACGGGCUUACCUGUAAGACGGAGGUUAAUAGCACCUGCCUCCAGGAGGGCUGCCACCAACCUGACAGGAGAGAAAGGAUGCCCAUGAAAGCACCUGAUGAAGAUAUUUCGUAAAAGGUAGCUUACUGCUACACUCUAACUUGAACUCGUUUAUUGACUAGACCAACAACACCAUGUACUACCCACAAAGCAACUGCAGCAUGAUGUUGGGGAGAGAGGGCGGAGGGGAGAAAGCACGAACACCAGGGAAGGUAAAAGCCCAGGAUCUUGCAUCAAAGUGCUUGAUUUAAAUCCCAGCUGUCCUAGGCACCGACAGGUGUGAUUUUACCAAAAUCACAUAAUCCCUCCAAAUCCCAGCUUCCUCCUUGUAUAAACUAUGAGUGAAAAUAAUACAGACCUCUAAGGGUUAUUGAGAGAAGAAUCCAGGAAAUCCCUCUAUAAAUGUUACUAAAAGCAUGAAAUGUCCUUGGAAUCUGUUAAGGUUUCCCUCUCUUCGGCUUAUUUUGAUAGUAAACAGACACAACAGUGCAGCGAUGGCCAGAGGGAAGGGGG